AUGUACUUCGUCUCUGCGGCUAAGGCCCUCGUGGCCGCUGCUGUCUUCUCAGCCGUCACUGCUCACAACAUCGUCCUGCCUGCUCAUGGCCGUGAAUGCUUCCACGAGUCCCUACACAAGGACGACACUAUGACUGUCACUUUCCAGGUUGGCGAUCGCGAAUUCGGCAGCGCAGGCAACCUUGACAUUGACUUCUGGAUCACCAACCCUGCUGGUCAAUACGAGACAAACGAGAAAAGUAUCUCCAACGGCGAUUAUUCAUUCACAGCUAAGCAUGAUGGCAAAUACAUAUACUGCUUCGGAAACGAGAACUGGGGCGCCAACACCAAAGAAGUCUCCUUCAACGUCCACGGAAUCGUCUACGUGAGCGAGCAUGAAAUGCCUGCCGACCCCCUCGACCGUGAAGUUCGGAAGCUGUCCGAUCUUCUUGCCCAGGUCAAGGACGAACAAGAAUACAUCGUGAUGCGUGAGCGCACCCACCGAAACACCGCCGAGAGCACCAACAGCCGAGUCAAGUGGUGGAACAUGUUCGUCAUUGGAGUUGUCAUUGGUGAAUCUCUUUUCCAGGUCUGGUGGCUGCGACGUUUCUUUGAGGUCAAGCGGGUGGUUUAA